AACUGUCAUAAUUUUUUUAUGUUGUGGUUUUGUGAUGCUUGCUAAUUUGUUCAUCUUGCUUUGGUUUCUCACUGAUUCUUGUAUUUAUAAACAAAUAUUAUUGUAGAAUUCAUAAAUAUGUCGGAUCGAAAUGGAUUUGAGGAACUGCGAGCAAAAUACAAGGAUGUCCUAUCCAAAGCAUUUACAACAAACAACAUCGAUUUGCUGGAUUCUUUUUCGAAGAACACUAAUGAGACAGACAGAAAAGCUGCUAUGGACCAAGCUUUCAGGGACAAGCUGCUGGAACUUUUGGUCGAGGAGCCAGAGACGCUCGAAUCUUACGUCUGCUUCUGCAUCGAGUCAUGUAGACGACAUAUGGUCACACCAACAAUGCCUGUAGUACUUUUAGGAGAUAUAUUUGAUGCAUUGACAUUGAAUAAAUGCGAGCAGAUGUUUACAUAUGUUGAAAGUGGAGUGAAUAUAUGGAAAGAGGAUUUAUUUUUUAUAGCUUGUAAAAAUAAUUUGCUUCGUAUGUGCAAUGAUCUCUUACGGAGAUUAUCGAGAUCUCAAAAUACAGUGUUUUGUGGAAGAAUCUUGCUUUUCCUUGCCAAAUUCUUCCCAUUCUCUGAACGUUCAGGACUUAAUAUUGUGUCGGAAUUUAAUUUGGAAAAUGUUACGGAAUUUGGUGGAGACAGUUCGAGUACAUUAAAAGACUCGCUGGAUGAAGAAAUGGUUGUAGAUGAUGAGAAAAGCAAGCUGAGUAUUGAUUACAAUUUGUACUGCAGAUUUUGGAGUCUCCAGGACUUUUUUAGGAACCCGAAUACAUGUUACAACAAGAUUCAGUGGAAAACAUUUGUUGCGCAUUCUGGAAGUGUUCUGUCAGCUUUCUCGUCAUACAAACUAGAAGCUGUUGAGCUUCAGAAGUCAAAGAUGAACCGACUGAAAGCAGUCACCGACGUGGAAAUGCACGAGAACAAAGAACAGCACUAUUUUGCCAAGUUCCUUACCAAUCAGAAACUAUUGGAGCUACAAUUGUCGGAUUCGAACUUCCGAAGAUGUGUGCUGAUACAGUUCUUGAUAUUGUUCCAGUAUUUAUCUUCUACUGUUAAGUUUAAAAUGGAGUCUCAAGAGCUGAAACAAGACCAAGCCGAAUGGGUAAAAGAGACCAUGGCUCUAGUUUACAAACUUUUGGGAGAGACCCCACCAAAUGGCAAGAAAUUUGCAGAGUGCGUCAAACAUAUAUUGAAGAGGGAAGAGCAUUGGAAUAAUUGGAAAAAUGAUGGGUGCCCAGAAUUCCAAAAACCAAAGCCGCCAGUGCAAGUGGACUCGACAGAAGAGAUCAAACGGGCGAGCAAAAGGAGGCGCCCCGUCGGAGACAUCAUAAAAGAGUAUGAAGGUCAAAACAAACACUACAUGGGCAAUAAUGAACUGACAAAACUGUGGAAUUUAUGCCCAGACAACCUGACUGCAUGCCGCACAAAAGAGAGGGAUUUCAUGCCAUCAUUAGAAUCCUACAUGCUGACCGGCGUAGAAAGUGAGUCGGGUCGCAAGCGCACGUCGUGCGGGGGGUGGGGAUGGCGAGCGCUGAGACUGCUCGCUCGUCGGUCGCCACACUUCUUUGUUCACACCAAUAAUCCGAUCGGGCGGUUGCCGGACUACCUAGACGAUAUGGUUGAACGCGUGACUCGCGAAGUAGCAGCAAACGCGGCCGCAGCCAAUGCUAACGGGGACGGAAUCACCGAUAAAUCUGUUAAACAGGAGGCCGCCGAAGAAGAAAUUUCAGAGGAACAAAUCGAAGCGGACCUCAUAAAGGAGGAAGAUACUGCUGACAUUGAACAGGUGCCAGACUCCACCCACGCGGGAGAAGAAGACUACGAUAAGACAACUAGGUCCCGCGUCACCAUGAUCACGCCGACUCAACUAGAGGCAGUCUCCGCCAAGCUGACUGACUGGAAGAAACUGGCCGCCAAACUGGGGUACAAAACUGACGAGAUACAGUACUUCGAGAGCGAAAACGCUACAGAUGCGGCAAGGGCCAAAAAUAUGCUGCAACUUUGGUUCGAUGACGACGAGGACGCUUCUGUGGAGAAUCUGCUCUACAUCAUGGAGGGGUUGGAGCUGACAGAGGCCUGUGAGGCCUUGAAGAGCGUCAAAUGACGAAUGUUAAAGCUCUGUUGUAAGAGGAAGUUGUAAUAAAGUUUUGUAUUAAGAAU